AUGAUGUUAUCUGAGGAGGAGAUUGAAGCGGCGGAGAACGGAAUGGACCCUACGCAAGUUGGUAAACAACGUGGACUGAGCAAUUCGAAAUAUCGCAAAUGGCCUGGAGGAGUUGUUCCUUACACCCUAGACGAAGAUGCAGGUAAUUGCUUCAAUGAAUUACAAUGCCUUCUUCUUCACAAAAGUUCAGAGAUGAAACGGCAUUUCACCUACAAGGAAAAACCUAAGAGCCACAAUGAGACAGAGACUGUCCCGUUAUGACUCUUGGAAAAACCUGAGUAAUUUUAGCAGGUAAAGGCGUACUUACCCUUCCAUAUAAUUACAUUCGUGCUGCAGGGCUCGUGAUGAAGACAUGUCGUAGGUAUUUCUAUCUUUCUCUUGUUUUCGAAAGAAAGCUUCCUUAAAAUUGUCACCCUCCGCCAAACUUUUCAAAAUAAAGUAGGUCCUCUGCAAGGGAUCAGUCACGUGGUAAAAUACCGUGCCAUUCUUGGACCCGCUGGGACAAGGAAAACAAAGAGCCGCAUUUCAUUUAAAAUGGAAUUUUCUUCGUCCAGUCCCUGUGAUUUUGUUACUUCCCAGGAUUACGGUUUUCAACCACGUGAAUGAUCACCUACAAAGGGCCUAUUUGCAUGCACUGGAAUAAAAACAUAUAAGACUCGUACGAAAUGAAUCCUUUCCGACGGUGUACAAAAUAGAUUUUUUUACAUGUUUGUAAUUAACGUGAAAUUACAGCUACAACCUUUUUAACACGGAGACUUUUUCCAUGCAGAUAGUGUUUUCAAGAGGGGGGCUAUUUUCAGUGCCAUCAAAGAAUGGGAAGAGAAGACGUGCAUUAAAUUUGUAAAAAGGACAACGCAAAAGGCUUACAUCGAGUUCACUGUGCAAGACGGGUAUGCAAAGAAGCACAUGCAGCUGAAAUGGUUCUAAAUACUUUGUUAGCUUUGCUUAUUUCUUUAGUUACCUUUAAUGUGAAUCAACUCAGCUGUCACACAUGAACGCAUAUUACAUUUUUUUUCCAACCAAUUGUGCCAAUCAGACCGGUUCAUUUUUCGAGGCGAAUUUAGAACAUAGCAGAAGUCUCGCAAACCAGCAAAACAAAACCAUUCAGCAAAACCAACGUACAGACCUGGAAAUGGUAUGUUGAAGUUUAAAUGCCGUUCAGUUUUGUGCUUUUAUAUCGUAUGCUUUGAAUGUGAAUAAAGACGGAGCCGACGCUUCCAUUCAUGAGGGAAAUACUGUGAUAGAAUUUUACACAGCAAAAACAAAAGACGAGUAAUUUUUAUGUCAAAUCUUUUCAAAAAGCCGUAUUUUCUUUAUUCUCGACCAUACAUUUUUUCUUAUCGUUAAAGUUUACAUUCCAACGAGCUCCCAUAGAGUCUGGACUGCCAAUAAGGAAGUGUAUUUUAGGGUCUGUUUACAUGGAGUUAGGGUACCCCAGAUGGGUGAGGUAACCCGCUUAGGUGGAGUAACCGGCCUGUCCAUAUAAUCUCUCAUUUUAAUGUGAUCACGUUUACAUGUUAGGUGGGGUAACCCGCCACAUGUUACCUCACCCACCUGAGGUCCCCCACCUUCAUGUACACAGGCCCUUAAUCAAUUUUAAAGCUAUUCGGUCCCUGGGUAAGUGUUGACUCAUCGUCUGACCUCUGUGACACGGAGGCCUCUCUAAUACAAACACUGAUUUUUUGUAUUUUUUGUUAAGAUGCUGGUCACAAGUUGGCAGAACUGGACGGAAGCAGCAAAUUUCGCUGGGUUUUGGCUGCGGGUAUCAUGGGAUAGCUGUACAUGAAAUUGGACAUGCACUAGGUACAAAGUUACGUGCCUUAAAUUUUGUAUUCAUCGUGGGAAAUACUGAACUUCAUCAAUGAGCUGAACGCUUACAAUAACACCUCUUACAGAUUAAAAAUCACACAAGGGAACCCGGGGGUAUAUACUCCCUCUAAUGGCCUAUACGGGGAGGCUCUGCUCGAAAGGAGUACCUUUUUCAUGCUUCCGACCGGUAUAUGAAAGGGAAGGGAAAUCUGUCAUUUCCAUCGGGCCACAAAACGAUUUUACUGCUGUGAAAAAGUCGAGGAAAUUUUUUUUCGUGAUUUAUUUAUAUCUAAAGAAAGUGCAUUAUAGCAGUUGAAAGAGUUCAUUCUUCCUGAUUUUCGAACUUAUCGGGUGCAAAAAAAAAAACAGCCUUUUGGCCCUUUUCGACUCAAAUGGCUGUAAAUUAUUCUUUUCAUUUUCUUUUGCAAAAAAUCAGCAUGAUACAAAAUAAUAUGAAAACAUGAGUAAUUAUAUACUAGACCGACUAUUGUCAGUGUUAACGUUUCUCCUUUAUAGAUUCUGUAAAAACAUUUCCUUUAUUUUUAAAGCCCAUUUAAAUCUCACAGGAAAGAAAAAUUGACCCGAAGUAGACUAGGGUGCUAUUAUUCCCCAAUUAAACAGGGUUUUGGCAUGAGCAGAGUCGACCAGAUCGUGACCGGUAUGUGGAGAUAGUAUGGGACAACAUUGAACCAUGUAAGUUGACAAAGAUUUGUUCUUGUUGGAGUAUUAAAUUUGUCACUUAAACCGCAUGUAUCAGGUCAGUUUUAGUUUUAACCUUGGCACUUGAUGAUGAUGUCAUGGCGACAUCAAUACGUCAUGUUGAACUUUUAUCGCUUAAACUUUAUUCUUAAAUAUUAAAAUUACACGUAUUAAUUAAGGAUGCCCUUUCUUUGGCGUGGUAGAGGCUCUCUCACCCCUAAGCGAGUCGACAAGCUAGGCACUCUUAACUUACUUCAAAUUCUUCUGAGUUCCACGCAACCCAUCAAAUUAUAUACCACUACACGAAAAAUUUCUGCAAUUUGAUUCGCUUAGAGCAGUGGUAUUUCAGCUUAAUUUGAAAUACCUGCAUGUGAAAAUUACAAACCCUUUGCGGGUAGUAGUGUGAACAAAUAAUAGCAUGAUUUGUACGUGAUAUUUGGCAUAAAUACCACGAGUGAUAUUUCAAAAUGGUCUCAAAUUUCACUCGCCUAACGGCUCGUGAAAUUACGUAUAACAAUUUCGAAAUAUCACUCGUGGUAUUUAUGCCAAAUAACACUACAAAUCAUGCUAUUACCUAUACUAAAACAUUAAUAUGAAAGACACUGAAUUAAAAAUAAUACCACGAGCGGAUAGUUUUACUUCAUCCGAGACAUUUAGAGAUCGAUUAUAUAUCUGGAGUCAGGAUAGCGUCGCACCAGUGGAGGGAUAGGAUCUGACCUUCGCGAAUAACUCUUGGAUAAAAGGGCUACAUUUUUUGUCAUCGUUACAAUUUUAUUAAAGAUUACAUGACCUUAUAAUAACAUUCAUAAGUAUUUUCUGCUGGUGUUUCUGUUCUUAUUAAUUUUUUUAUUUUUGUUUUUGUUGUUUUUAUUCUGAACAGCGCAAAAGCACAACUUCAGGAAGUACUCUACAUCCUCAAUCAACAGUCUGAACGUUCCCUAUGACUAUGGAUCCAUAAUGCAUUAUGGGAAGCGAGACUUUUCCAAGUUUCCUUACCUCUUAACUACUAUAAAGCCCAAGAGGUCAGGCGUUUCAAUAGGCCAGCGGAAGCACCUAAGCCCAUUGGACGUAAAACAAAUGAACUUGUAUUACGAAUGCAACAAGAAAUAAAUACUGACGACAGCCCAAAAUCAAUAUGGGGAAUGCGUUUUCUUAUAGUUGCCUAAUCUCACCUGGCCCCAGUUGUUCAGAAGGUAGUUCUAUCCAGUGGAUAGCGCAAUUGGUUUCCCUUAUACUUAUCCACUGGAUAGUGAUCCGUUGGAUAGCGCUAUCCAGUUCUUGAACUACUGGGACCAGGACAUUUCACUUGGAAUUACAUACCCUGCAUGUUGAUAGUCAAGGAGGUACAAACCGAAAAGCAUACUGAAUCCUAAUUGUCACUGACCUUAGUCCACAGUUUAACUGCAUUAUGACUGAUCGAACUGGUAAGCAAAGCUCGACGACUGAUCGAAAAAUUUAAAUUCCAAAUCACUGCUUAGUAAGCAGUUCCGGCUUCCUUCUUCUCUUCCUCUCCCACCCCUUUCGACGCUUUCCAGUCAAACAAACUGAACCCAUUCAGAGAAAAGGAUAGAGUCUUUCAGUAGGGUUAUCAGAGCUUUCAGAGCCCUUCUUUGGCGUGACCAUUAAUUCAAAUAAAGUCAUUUUUUCCUCAUUCAGCUUUCAAACAUUUGACAAAUCCAAACUGAAUUUUCUUUUUUGGCCAGUUUUGAAAAGCAUUGAGAAUCUGAUAAGAGGUUUAAGCUCAGUAGAAGGCCUGUUGUUACCAGCAGUAGAUUUCAAUCUUUUCAUGGCCUUGACCUUUCACGCUCGUAAAAGUGCGCAACUCACCACGGCCUCCUUAGCUGCGAAUAAGACAAUUAUCCGUUUUUGCUUUUAUAGCAAGUACAUUCUAAAAAAACUGUAACUUAAGGGAAAAACAGUUUAAAUCAAGGCAGUAUAUCUGGACAUUGUAAAUCUGGAUAAGUCUGGCAGGAUGGAAAGCAAAAAAUGUUAGCAGUCGUUAAAAUGGUUAAAUAUUUUUAUACCCUUAAUUUUCUGCUCGGUAAUUAUUUACAUCAACGCACAGACAUCAUAGCUGUUAGCUCCAAUGGAAUUAUCAACUAGAAUUUUUGAAUUCGGCUUUUGUAUGAGGUAAAGAAUAUUAUUAUAUGAAGAUUGGGUCGCGGAAGUGGACAACAGCCAACGAGAUCAGCAUAAUUCCUUCAAAAUAUUUCAGGGUUCUUUUAAAAGCUUACAGUAGCCCGUCGUAGCCUUUCGUCCAAGCUGUGGCUCAUUUCUCGGUAAAGUUUCAGAAUAUAAACAGAUGGUUUUUUUUUCUUGCACUGAAUGCUCGUCAAAAAGUUGAUAACAUCCAUCGAGCAAUAGAAUGUGCGUGUUCUUGAGUGUUUCUGACCCGUUUAGCAGCCUAUCAAGUCGAAUCGAUGUCAUAUUGCUCGCAUCUUCCUAAUAUGGUAAGUUCCAGUGCAUGUGGUUAUUUAACCAUUAUUCCACGAGUGCGCAUUGGAUAAGAGUUAUCUAUAAUCAUCUCAUAUCCAACAAGCGCGAGUGGAUCGGAUUAAUUGUUUUGUUAAAAACGCCCACAAAAUAUCGAGAAUUCUUCCCGACUUUAUUUGUAAAAACAACCGCUACCAGCUUGUUUUUAGUUUUGAGCAGACGCGUACAAUAACAUGUACAAUAUAUGGAGAGCAUGGUAUAAUGGCUCAUAUACCAUGAUGGUUAAGGCAAUGAGAGAUGUAGAAUUGCAUUAUUUAAUUGUCCAGUUUUUAAUAAUAAGAAUAAGUAGCCGGGGGGGUUGGAACCACCCAGCAAAAUAUUUUUUUCGAUAAAAAUUGCAGAAUUUUUAAUUCAAACUUCGGUUUCGGUAACCUCAAGUAACAGAUCAAGGAUGACGGCUAAUACUGGGGCUAGUAAUGAAAUCGUAAUAGCUUAACUGAUAAUCUUUCUCGCAAGGAAUAUAAACAGUUUGUCUCCUGACUGUCAAUUUAGCCGUCUUUGUUUGGCUUUAUAUGAAUUCUUCAUUUAGUCAACUGCAGCGGUUUUGUGGAUUAAAUUAUAAAACAAAUUGAAUUUUGUUGGUGAUAAUUAAAAAAUAUUAACAGCUAUACUCAAAGAUAUUAGCAACUCUUUUAAAACAAAAAAGUUCGAGCGUCCUGCGUUUGUUCAGGCAAACCAUUUAAUUAAAAGAUUUUUAGAUCCUCUGCUAUAAAGAGGGCACUUUUCUGAUCUUUUGUCGCACUCUAAUCAAGAUGUUGUUCCUGUGCAUUUUCCUUUUUGCGACGUUAUCUCUGGCAGCCGGCUUGAACGAUUAUGAUGUUGUUAACAGAACCAAACGAGGUAGGUAACUCAAAUGUAAAAUUAAUCUGUUGCUCUAACAGCAGAAUUACUCGACUAGGCAGUUUUUACCCUUCAUGACACCACACCGCUCGACAGGGCAGCUGUGGCGGAUCUGGUCAAGUAAGACAAUUCGAUUCUUUUUAGUUGGCCCCUUUGUGUGACGACGUAGAUUGUGAGGGAGUGACGAGAGAGCUGGUUCAUCGCGUAAGAGAUUAGAGCUUACAAGGCUGAACAGGCGCGGAGUCACAUUUUCUGAUUCACCUUUUACGCCACCCGAGUGCAAGGAUGAGAUCAGUUUUUUUGAAAACCGCAGAAUGAAAGAAACGGCCAGCCAGGCAAUGUAUACCAUUUGAAAGGACAGCUAAGACCCAAGAAAAUUUUGUUAUCCAUCCAUCCAAGAAAUUUUGGCAAUCACGUAACCGUACGCCCGUACGUCCGUACAGACGCUGAGGGAGGGGGAAGGGAGUCGGGAGCCAGUCUGUUGGGUGGGGGAGGGGUAUGUUAUAGCUGAGCUCUCGCGUGCGCAAAGGGCGCGCAGCGAAGCACCAUAGGUAAGAAAAUUUGGUUAUCUAUGCAUCCAAGAAAUUUUCAAUUGGUUAUGAGAAGAUCGUCCAUACGUCCGUAGGUACCGCCACCCCUUCAUGUAAGCCGGGCUGAAAUUUUGCAUUUCAAGUACCCGCGCGUUUCAGCUGAAAUCGCAUAGCCACCCGGACUCUCAGAGAUAACAAAAACAACAACAACAACAACAAGGCCGAGGAACUAGAACGAGAGAUAACAAGAAAAGGAGACCAAUUUUGUCGGAAGAAAAAUAUGUCUGAGAAUUUUAUAGACCAGACAGCUCGCACUACGAGCUUGGCGCUUCUCAAAAUUCAGAAGUGGCCGGCCCGACGGGUAAUUUUUGAAACUGAAUAAAAAUAAGAUUUUUGUUUUUAAGUUUUUAAGUUUUUGCUCACCUAAUAGAAGAUUGACCUGACUGAACAGUCCCGUCUAAUAGUGAAUUCUCAGCUAUUUGAAAACGUUUUAUGUUGUUGUCAUUUCUAUAAUUUGUUGUGCAAGGGCACGUGCUUCGAUCGUCCUAAAUAGUGAAUGAGUGUAAUUUGUCGUGCUAGAUUGUUCUCAGACUGUGAAAAACUGCAAAAUUACAGGUAGAAUUGGGCAAGAAAUGAUAAUAUCUCUGUCCGAGGUCUGAACGAUAAAGAAACAUAGCCUGAUAGUUCCGUUUACCUCAGAGAUGAUAUAAUUAUACGCGCAACAAGAUUUGUAAAGUAAACUCGUAGCGAGCCACACAAAAAAGGACGUGAUUUUUCUUUUUGGCCUUUCCUUUAGACAGAGAGAUAAAAUCGACAAGUUAGAAUGGCUGCCAGCGAGGACCAAAAAGUUAUUAAAUUAUAUUUCGGGACUAUCCAAUAGAUCUUAUUCUAUAAAGGACGGUCUAGGUGGGCAAAUAGGUAAUUUUGCUUGGGAAGAAUUUGUUUUCCACGCCUAAUCUAGUCGCCAAAGGUGAUUGCUAUUUUUUUGGUUGUACAUUUAAGACAAGUCAAUGUAAGAUUUUAGAUGUUCUUUCCUUAUCUUUUCUCUAAAAUCACCCAAAUCACAAAUCAGUUAACUGGAUCUCUCCAGUUAACUGAUUUGUGGAUAAUUAAAAAAUUUAUUGUUUGAUUUAAAUUAUAAAUGUUACGACUAGAGCUCAGCUUUUAUUCCUGGCUAAAUCUAUAUAUUAGCAAAGAAUGAUACUUGCUUUUCACAGCUUUUUUACUGCCCCACUCGCAUCUUUAACUACUUCUCUUCUCCUCUCAUUUGAUCUUGAAGCUUCUGGGGAAUACGAAAUGUUUGAAGGUGAUCUAUGGUUACCGAAAGAACAAAUUGAAGCUGCGAAGAAUGGCUUGGAUCCUACUAAUAUCGGCGGAGUUCGAGGGCUUUCUCGCCACAACAAAUGGCCUGGUGGAAUAGUUUAUUACACUAUAAGCACAAGUAAUUGAGAACUCCCAUUACCUGAAGAUAUAAAGUGUUAUUUUUUUAAAAUUUAUUAUAAGGCUGCCACGUACAUGUAGCACAGUAGAACAGUAGAGCUCUGCCCCAUGUGAGGGAAUCCAAGACGGUCUUGGAUUGUGAAUUCCAAGCUGCGAAUUCCGGAUUCAAGGAACUGGAUUCCACAUUUUUUGUCCAGGGAAUAUGGAUUAUUUGGAUUCAAAUCGUUAGCAGGAUCAGGAUUUCUUGAGCUCAGUGUAUUGCGGAUUCCAACAUUCAAGAUUCCGAAUUCCACAAGAAAUUUCCCAGCCUGGUUCCGGCAGAUUUCCAAGCAAACAUUUACCGGAUUCCGGAAUCCGAAUUCCCUUUCACUGGGGCGAGUAAGGCGCCCAGUUGGAUUUUUCUUUAUAACCAUCAACAUCGCAUUCGUUUUCUGAUGGAAUGUGCUAAUUAUAGCUGAAUGAGUAAGAUGUAGUGGUUUUUAUUUUCUUUAAUUAAAAUUUUCAAAUCAGAGAACGAGAAUCAGAAAAAGUUCCUGUGCAAAAUUUUUGGAGACAGAUCGAGACUCCUUGGUCAUGUGAAUCAUUGAACGUAUAGAUGUUAGAAAAGCUUCACUAUCGUGCACUCAAGUGCAUAAUAUUGCACUCAGUGCAAUCGUUUUCCUUUAAGCAUCUCACCAUUUACUAGUUUAGUUACUUUGCUUUUAUUCCAGAAAGGCCAUUUAAGAUCCACUAUAUUAACAACGCAAUCAAGAAUUGGGAAGAGAAGACAUGCCUAAGGUUUAAAAAGAGAACGACUCAAAGGGACUACAUUGACUUCGUAAUUGAGCAGUUUUCGGGGUAAGGAGUAAUGAGUAGAGAAGAGCGGCCCUGAUUUUUGCUGUAACCCGAGAGUCAGCCCAUUACCGUUUUGAAUUAAUUUCUUUAGAAAUAUUAUUUCUUGAGAAAUGAUUUGAUCAACAUCUCACGAGCAUGGACAAAGAAAAAAUUUGAGUCCCCGAUCGGAAUUGAGCCUAUGACCUUCAGCACACCGGUCGGAUGCUCUAACCACUGAGCUACGAAGGGCUCGUGGCGAGCAGGGCCACAUACAAGGUUCAUGUAUAACAUGCGUCCUGCGUAGUACUAGGAUAAACAAUGUCGAAUUCGUCAUGCGUGUGAUAAUUUCAUGUGAAAAAGAAACCUGUUUCGGCUGCAGACAAAAGGAGAAAGAUCCACAUCAAUUUUGUUGGCAGUUUAAAUAGUCCUUUGUCCAAUCUUAAAAGUGUUUUUUAGCAAACCGACAGAAAAACAUCUGGUCUUUAUUUUUGCAGGUGUUAUAGUCGAGGUAUUGGCCGUGUUGGCGGAAGGCAGGUAAUUAACCUCGGUUUUUCCUGCAUAGGAUUGCAUGUUGCAGUUCACGAGAUUGGUCACGCCAUUGGUAAGUGUGGAGCCCCAACGAAUGUUAAUAGUUUUAACUGAGCGAUCUUAUCACGUGAUUUGUAUCGCAACAACAGUGAUGAUAUUUCCGGGGGGGCGCUCCCUAUUAUAGCUUAUAAGGGAAGGCUCCGCCCAAAAGGGGUACCUUUUUCAGGAUUCAGGUAUACGAAAAGUUAAGGAUUUGAAGAGUUAGAGUGCAUAAUAAGGUUCAACAAGUGUAGCUCAUGGCUUUAGCAUUUAUUUCAUAUAACCCAACAUGAAAAUAAGUGUUAGAAGUAGGUAUGUGGGCGAAUAGCAUUUUUCAGUGGAAGGUGUACAAAAUGUGAUGCACCUAUUCUGUUCGAAAUGGUGUGUAAAAGGGUGAGGGGUUGGAUCUUGGGGCGGGACAUCCACGGGUAAAACUUUGCUGAGUUCAUAUUUGAAAAAGCUAGAUGGGUGUCCCGGGGAGAUACUCCCUGUAUAAAGUUAUGUGCGUCCCAAUGGGCAGGGUUUUUGGUCCUUUUUGGUCUGAAAACGGGUAUGGUUUUCGAGGGAACUACGGGAGUGUAUAAACGUAUUUAUCGUUUCAUCCCAAAUGAAUAAGAACGAAGUAGAAAUACUCGAAUUCGAAAUAAAUUCGAAAAAGUUUUGUUUGCGCUCUAAUCUAAGAAGGCCUGAAAACGGGUUUGGAUCUUAGGGGUCUGGUCUGAAAACUGGUGUGAAAAAUGACAUUUUCUGGUCUAAAAUAGGGUCAGGUUUUGGAGAACCGGGGCACACCCACCAAGAAUUCUUAGGAGUACAACCACCCACCCACCCCCCCUUCCCAAUAGGUCUUCAGACAGCCUAGACCUAUCAAUGGUAGACUGGGAGCAGUCUCUCUUUUUCUUCAGAAUUAGUGAGAGCUGUAGAGUCGUUAUGCGCUCCCUCUUGAACCCCCUUUACACCUCUUGAAAUUAAGUCGAAAAGCUACGGGCGUAGGCAGGCGUAGGUCAUUUUAUUUGUUAGUUAUUAGACAACCAUCUGCCAAUGUUUGACUUGUCAUCACAUUAACAGGAUUCUGGCACGAACAAAGUCGCCCAGACCGUGAUGAAUAUGUGGAGGUUAUUUGGAAAAACAUAAUGAAAGGUAAACAGUAAUAAUAAUAAUAAUAAUGAUAUGAUAAUGAUAAUAACAUUGAUCAUGAUAAUAAUGAUAGAACUAUAACAGCGAACGGACCGGACAUCCUUCGUUAAAGAUUCAGUGAAUUCCACCUGGAAACUGAUUGAUAUGGUUGUCCCAUCAGACACAGUCAUCCGGAACUGAAGGAAAUCGAAAAGAAAAGGAAGUAGGAAGACCAUCAGAGCUAGAAAUACAGAGAAUGUGGCAGAUGAAAACAGAAAAGAUCCCUGUGGUUGUUGGAUUUAAAACUGAGAAGUUCAGGCAGAGAAAUCUCUGCUAGUUUUCAUUGCUUCAUUUAUAUCAAUCUGUUUAAGUGAUGCUCACACUGACCCUUUAUUUAAAAAUUUAAAAAUUCUGAAUCUCGAGAAUAUCUGCAAACUUCAAAUAGGAAAACUUAUGUAUCAAUACAGAUCUGGCUUACUUCCUUAUAGCUUCAAUAAUAUGUUUUUGGUGACACGCCAGGUGCAUUCUUAUGGCAGAAGAAGUUCGGAGCUUUUUUAUUUACCACAAUGUGGGACUAAUAUAAGAAAGUUCUCCAUCAGUUUCCAAGGUCCUAGUUUUGAAAUUCGAAAUGCAACAAGAACCGCUUCCUUUUGCUGUAAGGUGAAUGUAUUCGGCUUAUCAUAAAUAUUUUUUUUUGUUUUUGAUUUUGUUUUUGUUUUUUGUUUUUUUGUCAUUUCGCUUUUUUUUAGACUAUCUAAUAUAUUUUAAGAUUUACUGUAGCUCUGCCAUUGAUUUUUCCAUGUGUACUUAUGAUAAUAUUUUGUUCUUGUUAUUUAACUGAGGGAACCCAUUCCUUAUAAGCCUGGUGACUUCUCUUGGGCUUCCUCGCUUGCCAUGAGAGUUUAAAUAAUAACUAGAUUUCCUUGCUUUAUACAACUUCUGGCAAAACAAUAAACUAAAACUGAAACUGAAACUGAAACUCCUGUUAGCCUUUUGCCUAAUUAAUUUUUCUCGAAAAUUACAUAGGAAAGGAAGGCCAGUUCCAGAAGUACCCAAAUUACAUGAUAGACAGUUUGGGCGUCGAGUACGACUACGAAUCCGUGAUGCAUUAUGGACGAUUUGAUUUCAGCAAAUAUGUUUUUCUGCCCACCUUAAGAGCCAAAAAGCCUGGGAAAAAAAUCAGUCCCAGCAGACGCCUCAGUCCGCUGGACGCCAAACAGGCGAAUCUGCUCUACAAAUGCAAUAAGUGA